AUGGCGCUCUGCACAGUUGGCCCACUACUGCGGCCCAAGCCUAGGGUCGUCCUUUUCUUCUGCUUUCUGGCUCUCGUCUGCGCCUAUGGUCUCGUGUACAGUGGGAUAGGGUCUGGUUCUUCGUUUCUCCAUGUGGCGCGGAUUCAAAAGGAGUGGGCGCUUAGGAAGGGUACGGAGGAAAAUGUGAAGGAGGAGGUGAAGGAGGUUAGGAGGGGGCCUCGAGUUCUGCUGGUGACGGCCCUAUACCCUCUGGAGAAGUCUAAGCAUACAGAUGAAGAGUAUGCAGAGUGGCUGGAGCUGUUCCUGUCCAGAAUCGAGACUGACACAUACUUUUACGCACCCGAGAAGAUGCGCAAGCAGAUCACCAGCGCAGCCGCGAAGCUCGACACCGUCUCUCCGUCGUCGAAGAGGCGUUUCACUCUGAACACCACCUACCCGACUAUCUUCUCCGUCCCACCGCUCGUCGGACUGCAGAGCACUUACGAGGAGAUGCACAGCAUCGACCGCGAAAAGGACAUCCAUGGCGCCGAGCUGUACGCUGUAUGGAAUGCGAAGGCGUUCUUCCUCGACGAAGCCGUCAAAUAUACCAAGAAGACGCAGAACAAGGAGUACGACUAUGCGUUUUGGAUAGACGCUGGUAGCUUCCGAAACGAGCACCGGUAUUCGGCUUGGCCAGAUCCUCAACAGGUCGAAACCAUCUUCAAGAGCAAUGAGGAUCGAGUGUUUUUAUCUAUUUCUCGUUUGCCGUCUCAGAGGGGAAUGUGGUGGAGGGAAGAUAUGGGUCCUUUCGAUGAGGAUGUUAGCCAAGGCUCGUUUUUCGGAGGAAAGCCCUCAGCAAUCACCUGGUUCCGAAACACAUUCUACGCAUACCACGACUAUUACCUCUCCAAAUCCUUUUUCGUCGGCAAAGACCAAACCAUCUUCAACUCUCUCUUCCUCCUCUUCCCCCACCGGUUCCUUACAAUGUGGAAAGACGACCCAGAAGCACCAGCUCGUCAGGAGCUCGCAAAAGACCUUGCCAACGCCGGCCUCUCGACGAAGAUCUUGUCAAUAUUCCCGCAAUUCUUGUCAGACGUUGGUUACCUGGGUCGUUGUAACGACAAUUGGUACUACUAUCACUUCUUCCUGGCGGAUGAUGCGACGAGGGAAAAGAUGCGGGACUUAUGGGAUAGUCAGUACGAGGAGAAAGCUGCUGGUUGGAAGGGUGCUCUGGGACUGAAGGGUUCGAGGUGGAUGGAGCAUACGCGGUGUAGGAAUACGAGAUCGCUGAGGAUGGAGGAGCUUUUUGGGCGAAGGUUCGGAGAGACUUGGGUCCCUCCUCAGGCAACUGUUGUUGAAAGCAGUUGA